AGAAGAUGUAAAGCGGAAGGUUUCUGUCAUAUUAGAAACUUCUUGGUCACACUUCCUAGAGCCCUGCUCACAAAUAAGCUGAUUAGUCGGGGGAGAUGGCCGGAGAGACAGAAGAUGAGAUCCCUGAGUCUGGAGCGGUCUUCACUUUUGGAAAGAGUAAAUUCGCAGAUAAUGUCCCCAGUAAAUUCUGGUUAAAAAAUGAUGUACCUUUGAGAAUUUCCUGUGGAGAUGAGCACACAGCACUGGUGACAGAAAAUGGGAAACUGUUUAUGUUUGGCAGCAAUAACUGGGGACAGCUAGGCCUCGGAACAAAGACCACUGUGAAUAAACCCACUUGUGUGAAAGCUCUAAAAUCAGAGCGGGUGAAGCUUGCAGCCUGUGGAAGAACUCACACACUUGUUUAUACAUCCCGUGGUAACCUGUAUGCCUCUGGAGGGAAUAAUGAAGGACAGCUCGGCCUCGGUGACUGUGAUGACAGAACAUCCUUCCACCUGGUGGACUUCUUCAGCAAACAUGAACCAGUCAAAAUGCUCGCUGCUGGUUCCAAUACCUCUGCUGCUCUGACGCAGGAUGGCAGGCUCUAUAUGUGGGGCGAUAACUCGGAGGGACAGAUUGGAUUGGGGAAAGAGAGUAAUGCACUAAAUCCUCGGGAGGUUUCUGUGGGGAAACGAGUGUCCUGGGUGUCCUGUGGAUAUUAUCAUUCUGCCUUUGUUACUGUGGAUGGGGCCUUGUACACAUUUGGAGAGAAAGACAGUGGGAAGCUGGGCUUGUUCACGGAGAAGCUGGCCAGUCAUAAAGUGCCUCAACAGGUGACUGGCAUCUCUGAUAAGGUGGUGCAUGUAUCCUGUGGAGGAGGGCACACAGUGGCGCUUACGGAGCACGAGGUGUAUUCGUUUGGCCUGGGUCAGUUUGGACAGCUCGGCCAUGGCACUUUCAUAUUUGAGUCACGUUUACCCAGAGUGGUUGAGCAUUUCAGGAGGGGCAGAGUUAAACAUGUGGAGUGUGGAGAGAACCAUACAGCGCUGAUUACUGACAGUGGCCUUUUGUACACCUUUGGUGAUGGUCGACACGGAAAGCUGGGGCUGGGAGAAGAGAACUUCACCAACCAGUUCAAACCAACCCUGUGUCCAAGAUUCCUAGACAAGUAUUCUUUUUCUGUUACAUGUGGUUGACACAACAUUCUUUUGUCAAAAAAAACUACCCCAAAAGUCUCAGAAUAUUAUAUCAUAGAAGAAUAACACCACACAAAACAACAUUUAGAGAAGUCCUAUACUGAAUUACUGGGGGACACACACAAUCAGAGCACCCUGAACAGGAGUCUCUCUGCUCGGGUCAGACGCAGAGAACGGGAGCGUUCACCAGAUCAGUUUGGACAGAUGUUUCGAACACUUCCAGCCCUGGGCGGAAAUCAGCUGAGUGCAUCUUUAUCUGUUCCCAGCCAGAUCCAUCACUCCCAUAGUAAACAACCAGGAAAGAUCCCUCACAACAGCCUCAAAAUUCCUGGAAAGAGAGAGAAGUCCCUCGAUGACAGAAGCAGUGUGGAGGAUAGUGAGAGUGUAAAAGACCUCGGAGAAACCACUGACUUAUUAAACCUGACUCACAUAAUGAAGAUGGACCCUAGUGAUAAGACCCUCACAUUGUCUCUUAUGGAGAAGAAGAAAGUUAAGGUUGUAAAAGAGCACGGUAAGGAGAAGGGGAAGCCAAGAGAUGACUCUGCCCUUUGUAGAAAGAGGGCUGAGCUUUUAGCUCGCAAAGCUCUUCCAACUGAGUUACUUAGAAGCUCAAGUAGUAGCUCAGUAGUCGGGGACAGUCUUGGGUCAGGGACCCCCCACAAGAGCCCUAAGAGACAUGGUCAGGAUAAGGAAAAUGUGCUUAUUGCUCUGGAGGAAAGAAGGCCUGCACAUCACCAAGCUGCUAGAAGUAACAUUAGAAUGGGGACGGACAUAAGCAGAGCUGGAUCCAAAUCCUUCCAGCCCAAACACAAACAGCUGAUAAAGUCAAGGGAGAGAGUCCCAGGAAAAGACUCUGGGAAUAAAGUACAGAUGCUUGAGAAGGAACAUUCAAAGGUAAAGGCUGAAAGCAAGAAGGUUGCUCACAAAUCAAAAGGAAGUACAAAACCAAACCAAGAAGGUAAAACAAGACCCAAAGAUUGUCCAUUGGAAGUCAGUAGCCAGUCUCAAAAGGUUGUGGAGAAAGAAAAAGAAAAAAAAAUGAAACCCAUAAUUGUUGCUGAGCAAUAUCUUGAACAGACCAUGCAUAAGGACCAAGACCCAACAGGUAAGAAGAUCUCAAAAGAGAUUUUACCAAAAGCUCAGAGGCUGAAACCUGAAAUGAAUGCUGCUGAGACAGAAAACAAAAGUUUAGUCCCACAGAGCAAAAAGUCAGAUUCAAAAAAAGACUCAAAAAGUAAAAAGACAACACAAGAGAUCUCCACUACUUCACUUUCCUCUUGCCAAGAAGACAUUUCUACAAAAAAGACUAAGAAAUCAAAAGCAGAACAAAGCCAAUUGCUAGUAGAGGACACAAGGAAGGGGCCUACCAUUGUCUCAGAAGCUGCCUUCAAAUCAGGAUCAGUGUCAGAAUCUGAGCAAAUGAAGGAAAAUCCUCUCACCAAGGUGACCUCUUUUCUCCAAGAUGUGAGAAUGGAAAGUCCUGCUCGUUUACUUGGAGAAACAGCAGUCAGUCAGUUCCUUUCCCAGUCCACACUCCAAAAGAUGCCAAAACCUCCUUCAAAACAGAGAACUCUGUCUGAUGUUUCGUCCCUGAGUGAGUCUUUUGAGGUUUCAGAACAAGAGGAGACAAGAGAGGCCAAAAAGACAGCCGUCACCAUCAACGUUAUGGCAGAACCAGAAACUUCAGAUGGAGACUUGGAAAGAACCAGCACUGAGUCCAAAACCGAGGUUCAUUCUGUAGUGGGAACAUAUAGAAGAAGUGAGGAGGAAAGAGGAGAGGAAUCAGAUGAAGCGGAAGAGGGGAAAAGCGAGGGAUUGCGGAACAGAAGGAAUGAGAGUGAGGAAGUGGAUGACCAAGAAGAGGAAAGUGAAAGCAAGACCCUACCAAAUGAUGAUGCGGUUGAUGAUGAUACAAUGACUAAAGUUUCUAGUGAGGAAGAGGAAAAUGUGGAAGAGGAGGAGAAACGUGAAAGUGAGGCAACUGAGAACAUAGCGAGUGAGGCUGAGGAAGAGGAAAGUCAUGGAAUAGAAGACGAGGAAGAAGAAACAAGUGAGAUAAGUAGAAAAAGUGAGGAAGAGAGUGGAAAAGAUAAAGAUGAAAGUAAAACAAGUGAAAAGGAGGAGAGUGGAGAAGAUGAGGAUGAAAGUAAAACAAGUGAAGAGGAGGAGAGUGGAGAAGAUGAGGAUGAAAGUAAAACAAGUGAAGAGGAGGAGAGUGGAGAAGAUGAGGAUGAAAAUAAAACAAGUGAAGAGGAGGAGAGUGGAGAAGAUGAGGAUGAAAAGGAGGAGAGUGGAGAAGAUGAGGAUGAAAGUAAAACAAGUGAAGAGGAGGAGAGUGGAGAGGAUGAGGAUGAAAGUAAAACAAGUGAAGAGGAGGAGAAGGAGGAGAGUGGAGAAGAUGAGGAUGAAAAUAAAACAAGUGAAGAGGAGGAGAGUGGAGAGGAUGAAAGUAAAACAAGUGAAGAGGAGGAGAGUGGAGAAGAUGAAAAAGUUAAAACAAGUGAAGAGGAGGAGAGUGGAGAAGAUGAGGAUGAAAAUAAAACAAGUGAAGAGGAGGAGAGUGGAGAAGAAUCGGAGGGAAAGCUAGAGAGCAGAAGUGACAGAUCAGAGGAAGAGUCAGAUGAAGAAGAAGAGGAUGAGGAGUCAAAGGAGAAAGAUAGUGAGCAUGAGGAAGAAAGUGAAGUGGAAGGUGACAGUGAGGCAGAGGAGGAUGAAGAUGGUGAAAAGACUAGCAAAGAAGAGGAGGAAGAUUCAGAAAAGCAGGAGAGUGAGACUGAAGGUGAUGAAGAUGAAGGGGAGAGUGAAAGUAAAACAAAAGAGAAGGAAAUAAAGAAAAAUAAAAAAAAGGAUAAAGAAAGUGAGGAAGAUAAAGAAGAGAAUGAAGAAGAUAAAGAGGAGAAUGAGGAGAGCGAGGGAGAUAAAGAGGAUGAGGAGGAAGGUGAAAGUGGCGAAGAUGAAGCAAUGAGUGAGAAUGAUGAAGAAGAGGAAGAAGAAGAGAGUGAAAAUGAAGAGGAAGAAGAACAGGACAAUAAAGACAAAGAGGAAGAAGAAAAUGAAGAAGAAGAAGAGUCUGAAGAAAGAGAGGAGACAGAAAAAGCAGAUGAUGAGGAGGGAGAAGAGAAAGACAGUCAAGAAGAAGAGGAAGAGGAGGAAAAAAAGGCCAAAAGAAAACUUGAAAAAGCCUCCAAAUCCACCAAACCAAAGUCAAGUGUGAAAACAUCAAAACAGCUGUCAAAACCCAAACGGGCUCGAGCACAAGACGAUCAGUCAGAUGAUGAGUCCCAUGAGUCUAAGCAGUUUUGGGAUGAUGUUUUACCUCAGUACCUCAGUCUAAAAUAAUUCAGCAACCUUAAGCUCUAUCUGCUUUUCCCUGAGAUUAUGAGCUUGCUGGUUCAUACUUGCCUUUUAUGUUCUUUCUUGCGGUUUCCUUUUUUUGAUGUUUAUUUUCCAUUUCUUUUUUUAUUUCACCAUUAUUAUUCUUGCAGUUCCACUCAUGGCAAUCUUACUAAAUGUAUUGCUUCACAUUUUUAAUUUUAUUUAUUUAUUUUACAAAAUGAUGUUUUCAUAAGUACUUGUACGCCCAUGCAGUAGUGAAGACCUCAUCAUGUGCCUUGGACAGCCAUGUUCAUUUACUAACAAAUGUGCUUGAUUUGCCAGUGACCUUGAAUCAACCCGAUCAAUGACUUUAAAUUCUUAAAAAUGCUAAAUUAUGUAUUAUGUAUACAAUUUUGUAUUUUUAAGAAUUUAAAGAUGCCUUUAAGUCCAAUGCCUAACCAAAUUAAAAUGUAAAAUAAAACGGCAGCUCAUAAUCUUUGAGUGGAAGAAAAUAAAUAAAAAAAAAAAAAAAAAAGGCAAAUUGAGCCCAAAAUUC